CCCCAGCCAAAGAUAAGAAAUAGUAUUGAAGUACUCGUAGCAGCUAGCACAUGUGAACUUCAUGGAUCCAUUGAAAAUAUCUCCCACCCAAUAACGAGUUCUCCUUUAAUUUAAUAUCUUCCCUCUUAUCCUCUCUUUGAUUAUGAGAUCGAUUCUUUCCAUAUGUCUCGCCUACUCAUUUAAUUGUUGGGUCGUUUCUUUCCAUGAUUUACCUACCCAUUUGAAUUUUGAAGUUUGAACUACUUGAUUCUUUUAUCGUUUCUCACUUCUCUUGCCUGAUCGACCCUGUUUCUGCUUUUCAUUUGGGCGAUUCAUUUAUUUUUUUGACAGUUAGCAUGCUAUGGAACUGGGUCUUGACUGAGGGGAGGAGGGGUUUUCUUGGUUUGUGACUGUGAUCAGAAUUUCUGUGUUCUGGGGUGGUGUUGAGGCUUGAGAAUGGUGUUCUUGGCCUGCCGGAACUUCGAUCCCAGUCCGUCGAGGUUGGACUUGGUGGCUUCUCGUUGUCGUUGGAGUUCCAAUCGGUGCGGAAUGUCAUCAGUUAACAGAUUUUCCUUCAGGAACUAUGGAACGGGAGUAGAUACUGGUGCCUGCAAAUUGGCCUGGAUCAGGCCGGGAAUUGCUGGUGCUGGGUGUAGAGUUUCUUCGUUUCAGACGCCCCAGUCAAGGCUGAGUGUGGUUGCUCAAGAUUCUGCAUCAACAUUAGAUGUCAGUCCAAAGCCUAGAAGCCCUGUUUCGGUAUCAAAUCUUUUGCAAGUGGUUUCUGACGACCUCCGAACUCUGAACCAAAACCUCAAGUCGAUCACUGGUGCAGACAAUCCAGUUUUAGUUUCUGCAGCAGAACAGAUAUUUAAUGCUGGUGGGAAGAGACUAAGACCAGCUUUAGUAUUCCUUGUUUCGAGAGCCACAACAGAAAUAGCAGGGAUAAAGGAACUUACCCUACAACAUCAACGCUUGGCAGAGAUAAUCGAGAUGAUUCAUACUGCAAGCUUAAUACAUGAUGAUGUAAUAGAUGACAGUAACAUACGAAGAGGAAAGGACACCAUUCACCAACUAUAUGGUACACGGGUGGCAGUAUUGACAGGAGAUUUCAUGUUCGCACAAUCUUCAUGGCACCUUGCAAAUCUUGAAAACAUCGAAGUCAUAAAGCUCAUUAGCCAGGUAAUUAAAGAUUUUGCGAGUGGUGAAAUAAAGCAGGCAUCAAGCCUUUUUGAUUGUGAUGUUAAACUUGAGGAAUAUUUGAUCAAGAGCUACUACAAAACAGCUUCCUUGAUUGCGGCAAGCACAAAAGCUGCUGCUAUUUUUAGUGGGGUUGAUGGCAGCAUAUGUGAGAAGAUGUUUGAAUAUGGAAGGAACCUUGGAUUAUCGUUCCAGGUAGUUGAUGACAUCUUGGAUUUCACUGAGUCAGAAGAACAGCUAGGGAAACCGGCUGUCAGUGAUCUGGAAAAAGGAAACCUCACUGCACCUGUCAUUUUUGCUCUAGAAAAGGAGCCAAAACUUAGAGAGAUCAUUGAAUCAGAGUUUGUUGAAGAUGGAUCCUUGGAUGAGGCUAUUGAAUUGGUUAAUAAGUGUGGGGGGAUUGAUAGAGCACGAGAUCUAGCGAAAGAGACAGCCAAACUUGCAAUCCAGAGCCUGCAAUGUCUUCCUGUGAGUAAGUUCAGAUCUGCACUUGAAGGAAUUGUGAAUUACAAUCUUGAGCGAAUUGACUAGACAUCUAUACAAUUGAAAUGAAUAAUGGCACUGCACUCCAUGGCUCCUCCGUCCUAGGUGCAAUUGCAUCUGCUUCUUCAUUUUUUUUUCUUGAUUUUUUUUCUAUGAUCUAGGGGAAUGUUCUCAUUUCUUGUAAUCAAGGGUUCUGCUAAGUGUCGGUAUUACUGCUGUUAAGAGACAAGGAUAAUGGCGAUACGUCUGGUAGCAGUAGGAUCUAAAGCGUUUGAGUUUGAUCUUUAUUCCAACAAAAAUUUCGAUGAGUUAGGGAUAACAGAAAGAGGACGAGGAGUUGACAGAUGGGGAAGGCUCAUCAGGGUAAGCCGAUGGGAGGUUACAGAUAAAAUGCGCAGCAUCUGCAUUCCUGAAGAAGCAAACAAAAGCGGUUGGAAAUCUUCCGUCCUUUCACUGGAACCUUUUCUGCAUCUGGAGAGAAAAAGCAGAGUAGUGGCAAUGGGGGGGUUCAGUUCAUAUUUUCGUUGUACAUCAAACCAGCCCCUUUGGUAGUUGGAAAUCAGCCUUCGUGUGCACUAAACAAGAGGAUUUGAUCUGGAAGCAAGUAGAGCUAGGGCUCACGACAAACUUCCAUGUUUCUGAGUUAAUAAGCCGAAAACCUAUUGAUUCGAACAGAGCUGUGGGCUUCGCCCCUUCAUAAGUCUCUGUCUUUGGUAAAUGGUAUCGAUUUCUCGUUGGUGGCCGAUGGUGAAUGCAGCUCCCUCUUAUCUGAAGUUCAGCAGGUGGAUUGUUGUUCAAGGUCUUCCGUUCCAUUUGUGGACAUAGGAGAUGUUUGAGCUUAUUGGAAGCUUGGGAGCUGGGCUUGUAGAAAUCGAUGCUAGAACCAAAGAAUUAUAGGAGUUGAGUUUUGCUCGAUUAAAGGGUAGGAAUAGGGGGACUCACUCCAUUCCUCAUCUGUUCGUAUCCUUGGAAGGAAUGCCGGGUUUUCUUGUUAAUAGAGGGAGUCGGGAUCUCCUGCCCACGGUACAGAGGGGUAAGAGCAGUGAACUCUGAGCGAAUCAAUAUGGACUUAAUUUAGACCCAACAUUUAUUCCUAAAUUAUAAUUGAAUUUAUUCA